AUGGCGCUCGGCGCCCGCCUCCUCCUGGGCCUCGCGCUGCUUGCGGCCCUUAUCGCCGUUCUCCUCCAGCUCUACCGCCUCAGGAAGCCGAGGUUGUGGACACUGGAGGAGUUGUCGGUAUACAAUGGAACGGAUGAGGGGUUGCCCAUAUUGCUUGGUAUUUUGGGCUCGGUGUUUGACGUCACAAAAGGAAGGUCACAUUAUGGCCCUGGAGGAGGCUAUCAUCACUUUUCGGGCAGGGACGCAUCACGAGCUUUUGUUUCUGGAAAUUUUACAGGUGAUGGGCUGACAGAUUCUUUGCAGGGUUUAUCUAGCAUGGAGGUAAAUAGCAUUGUUGACUGGAGGAAAUUUUACGUUGAGAGAUACAUAUUUGCUGGUAAAAUUGUUGGACGCUACUACGACAGCGAGGGCAAUCCUACAAAAUAUCUGAAGGGUGUGGAGAUGAAGGCAAAAAGGGGUGCUCAGCUUCUUGAGAAGCAGAAGAGGGAGGAAGAUAAAAUACCCAGCUGUAAUUCAAAAUGGAGCGAAGCAGAGGGUGGAGAAGUUUGGUGCGAGACAGGGUACCCAAGGUUAGUGAGGAGGCCGGGCGACAUAGCUCUGACGGGGCAGGUGAGCCAGCGGUGCGCCUGUUUCCAGGAGGGGGAGCUCGGGCGGCCGGGGCUAGUGGUGUACGAAGGCUGUGAUUACCACUCCACAUCGUGCAUAGUCAAGUAG